CACAAUGCUCGCGCGCCCCAUAACUCUGCUGCUGCAGCCUGAGGAGCGCGAGACACUCAGGCCCCGAAAAAAGAAAAAUUAGAGAAAAAAUUUGGAAAAAAUAAUCAAACAACAGAUCAAGAGGAGAAAGACCGGGAACGGUGGCGUGGGACUCCCACGGGUGAAGAUGAUGAUGAGCACUAUUGUCGCCUACUCAACCCCAGUCAUGGCAGGUGGGACUGGAUGAGAGUGUGGAGGUGAAUAAAGAAGCCAGAAAAAGCACUUACAUUUCUUUUGGGAGCACAUUAAGGAUAUCAAACAGUUUAAGAGCCUGAAUUCCCUAAACACCGCCGCGAUAUUGAACCAGAGCCUGGAAGGCAGGGCAGCCACGGCCGAGUUUCAAUGGCAACGGCACCCUAGGGCUGCCAUGGCAGCAGCUGCCGCCGAUGCCCCACACCACAUUGCCACACUGACGCUGGAGGACGAGGAUCGACGAGGUGCCACCAAAGUGUUUGGAGGUCCCGCUGCUGGGAGGACGGAAAGAGAGACCGAGAACGAGAGGGAGAGGGAGAGGGAAGGCAGUGGGAGCGAGUGUUUGGUGUGCGGUGCCCUCUUCAGCUCACAGGACAAGCUUCGGCUCCACGCAAUCUGUCACGCAGGAGAGAAACCUUUCCACUGUUCCCAGCCCCAUUGCCCUAAGGCUUUCAGUUCCAAAUACAAGCUUUUUAGGCAUAUGGCCACACACUCCCCACAGAAGACUCAUCAGUGUUCAUUUUGUGAAAAGAUGUUUCACCGCAAAGAUCACCUGAAAAACCACCUGCAGACUCACGACCCCAACAAAGAGGCCUUUAAGUGCGAAGAGUGUGGCAAACACUAUAACACAAAGCUGGGCUACAAGCGCCACAUGGCCAUGCACUCAGCCACCGCUGGUGAUCUUACCUGUAAGGUGUGCUUGCAAAGCUACGAGAGCACGCCAGCACUCUUGGAGCACCUCAAGAGCCACUCGGGCAAGUCUUCAGGUGGUGCCAAGGAGAAGAAACACCCCUGUGAUCACUGUGAUCGUCGGUUUUACACACGGAAGGAUGUCCGCCGACACAUGGUGGUACACACGGGUCGCAAAGACUUCCUGUGCCAGUACUGUGCCCAGCGUUUUGGGCGGAAGGACCAUCUGACACGACAUGUCAAGAAGAGCCACUCGCAAGAGCUGCUGAAAAUCAAGACAGAACCUCCAGAUAUGUUGGGUAUACUUGGGUCUGGUUCUCCACCGUGUGCUGUGAAAGAAGAAAUAAGCCCUAUGAUGUGUAGCAUGGGACCUACCAAGGACUCAAUGAUGGCAAAGCCUUUCCACGGUGCCACCCCUUUUCCCAUGGGUAUGUACAACCCUCAUCAUCUCCAGGCCAUGUCCAAUCCAGGUGUGGGUCACCAUCAUUCAUUGGUCCCAGGGUCGUUACCUACUGCCAUGGGGAUGGGCUGCCAUAUGGAACCUCCAUCAUCACUGCACCACCAUCACCCACACCAUCAUCACCAUCACCACCCUCACCAUCACCACCAGUCCCCACCUACACACCAGCAACAGCCUUCCCUGCAGAACCAGCAACAACAGCACCCUCAGCCACCGCCCAAGUACCAGCUCGGAUCUACCUCAUACCUGCUUGAGAAGCCCCUGAAGGUGGAGAUGGAGAGUUUCCUGAUGGAUCUACAGAGUGGACUCCCAGUACCUCCGCCAUCCUCUGCCGAUCCCCACUCAGCAGCUUCCCCCAUCAAGGAGGGUUUGGAACCUUCGACAGGACUGUCGGAUGACCUUUGCGGGGACCCCCUCAUGUCCAAGAGCCCCGCUGUCAUUGCUGAGUCUUUGUGUGCUGCUAACAUGGACUUUUCUCAUCUGCUGAGCUUUAUUCCACUCAAUCUACAGCCUUACAGUGCCCCCAUGAGUUCGGGAGGACUGGUAAUGGGUUACUCCACCCCCUCCACAGUUUCUUCUUCCUCAUCAUCGUCAGCAUCUUCGCAUGCUGUCGAACCACACGCUGCCACAGCCACCGCCGCAGUGCCUCUUACCUCUUUGCAACCUCAACCUCAGGAGCAACCAGGCUCCGGUGGGGGUCUCGGUCUUGGGCCUCUGCACCCACUCCCACCAGUGUUCAGCUCUAGCCUCAGUACGACCACUUUGCCUCGCUUUCACCAGGCCUUUCAAUGAGGGGGCUCAGUGUUAGUGCUCCCCCUAGGGGUGUGGAGAUAGAAAACUUGAACACAUAGAAGCCUUAACAAAAGCGCACAACAGCUUUUUUUUUAUUGAGCCUGGAGGAAAAUAAGCAUAUGAGCUUUUAUUUAGGCUGUCUGAAAUUUAGCUAUGAUUUUUUUGAAUACCCUUUUGAACCUCUCCCAUCAUCCCCUCUCCUACAUUUUCGUAGUUAGACAGCAGCAUCAGUAGGCCUUAAGGCAUGGUACUGCAUACUUUAUAAAGUAAUACUAUUAGUAGAAAAAAAAAGAUUGAUUUAGAGAAGAUAAUCUGUCUUUGAGACUCUGAAAGACUAGUUUGAAGUGAUAUAUGGUUUUUCUUUUCUUUUCCAAAUGUGAGACCUGACUUUGCUAUAUUGUCUCUAUUCUACUAAGCUUAAAGUCAGGUGAUAGUUGUUCGCCCUAAAACUAAAACCGUCUUCAUGGCCAGGAGUGGACAAAUUUGUCAAGGAAUGGAGAGAAAUUGCUAAUUUCAAAAUGAGUUUUUCAAUAGAUUCGACUUGAUUUAAUCAAGAGAUUAUAAAAAUUCACAUCCCAGUUUUUUUUUUUGUUGAUGAUGAUACAAAUUCACACACAUUGGAAAGGUCAGUAACCUUUUUUUAAUGUGAGAGCAGCAGAGAGACUGAAAAUGGAAAGGCAAAGAGGGUAAAAACUGCACAGUUUGUUCACUUGGUACAAUGUGACCACUGACAGAACUAAAGCAAAAUUUAACGUUAAAUUCUUACAGGUUUACAAUUUUUCUCAAAAGAAGCACUUUGUUUACAGCAAAAGGCACUUGACCUAUGUGGGUUGCCAAGGUGGCCCACUGAAAUCCCCCUUUCACUCCUCUACCUUCUACCUUUCUGAAAAGAGACUGCCAUUACACACAAACAACCUCCAGAUAACUCAGAGUCUCAGCGUGGUUUUCCUCUUUCCAGCACUAAUUUUAAGUCUCCGUGGCAACAAUAUCUCACUUCCAGAUCCUGCCCACCAGAUAAUAAUCUAUAAAUAUAUAUAAAUAUGUAUUUUAAGAAGAAAAAGGUAUUUUAGGCAGGUUUUAUUUUAGAGAGACAUACAUUGUAAUGAUAACCCUGGUAUAUGUGAAUGGAAAAAAAAAAGACAAAACAAAAACAAGAAUAUUUUUUUUGCCGUGUACGAAGUACCACAUCAAAAAUAUAUAUUAUAAUUGCUUCUUUUUCAGUAAAAUUUGUAAUUUAGAUAGUUGUAUUACAAUUGCUGAUGGAUUUUUGAAAAGCAGAUACAUAAUAAUGUAUCUUGCAUCAUAUUGAACAAAAUGGAUGAAGUAUUAGCUUUUCCCUAUAGCUUUUCCUGUUUAUUGUUUCUCCAUGUGAGUCAUGAAUAAGGUGGGAUUUUACCUGCGUAUAAUAGACUAAUAGUGGCAUAAUCCAGUAGAACGGACUAGUCUUUAAUCUUUAGCGCAUGUACUAGAGGCCCAUAAUGUGAUCCAGGUUUCAGUUUGUUUUGUUUUGUUAAUUCUCAGUAUUCGACGGAUGCUGUCUGUUGGUGUGUUUGGUUGUACAAUUUUCCAACCUCCGUGAUCAUUUUGCACCGUCACACUGAAACGACUGAAACCACAAUUCCAGUUGCUGUAGGUUCGGUUUUUAUAUUACAAGAAUCUAAAGGGGUUUUGUCGUCUAAGUUGCCAUUUCCCAGCAAGUGGACUGCACACAUUCUUACCAAAUAAUCAUUCAUUACCAAUGGCCAUGUGAGGAAGAGUUCUGUGUAAAGAAACAGAAGAUGGACGUACAAGUCAUGUCUGAUAAAAACAGAUGUAUUUCUCUCUCUCUCUCUUUCUUUCUUCACCUCAUCCCUAUUCUGUGUCCACAUCUGCAUCAAUAGUGAAUGUGAACAGGAAAGACAAUAGAAUGGUAAAAGGCCACACCACAAAACUAAGACAAAACAAUAUAAUGCUGCUCUUGGUGCUGUGGUUGCCAGCAACCAUAGACCACUCUGGAAACAUAUAUAUUUUUUAAAACUGCAAAUAAUCUUUAGCAGAAAACAUGCACAUUAGUACACGUGAACUGUUUUCUCUGUUCUUCAGCUGCUUCAGUUCGAAUGAACAUUUUAUGAAAAGGGUCUGAAAAGAGACACAAAGAAGUCACCAGCCUGGUCUUUGACAUUCAAAGCAUGGGACAUUUGAUUGGGAUAUUGCCUAGUCGUUUUUGUCAUUAUAUUAUUUUCUGUUUGUUGAAACAGGACCUCAAAACAACACAACGCAUCACCUCAUUUAUUUGUUUUUCAUACCAAAAACCUGGGGAGAAGAAACUUGUUUUUGCGCAAUGGCGAACUAAAGAGCGUUGCUAAUACUGUACGAAGAAUUUCCUUCAAAUGAUAGUUUCAUCAGAAAGCCAAAUAUAGUAUGUUCACAAGCCUCUUUCAUUCAUUUUCAUUCGCUUUUUUCGGGGCCGGGUCUUAGGAGAGGACUUCAGACUUCCCUCUCCCCAGACACUUCCUCCAGCUCCUCCGGGGGGGAUCCCAAGGCGUUCCCAGGCCAGCCAAGAGGCAUAGUCCCUCAAGCGAGUCCUGGGUCUUCCCUGAGGCCUCCUCCAGGUGAGACAUGCCUGGAACUCCUCCCUAGGCAGACAUCCAGGAGUGAUCUGAAACAGAUGGUCAAGCCACCUCAGUUGACUUCUCUCAAUGUGGAGGAGUAGUAGCUCUACUCCAAGCACCUCCUAGGUGACAGAGCUCAUCACCCUAUCUAUAAGGGUGUGCACCCAGCCACCCUGCGAAGGGAACCCAUUUUGGCCGCUAGUAUCCGAGAUCUUGUCUUUUCGGUCAUGACCCAAAACUCAUGACCAUGGGUGAGAGUAGGAACGUAGAUUGACCAAUACAUCGAGAGCUUUGCCUUUCAGCUCAGCUACUUCUUUACCACAACGGACUGGUGCAUGGACCGCAUUACUGCUUCCUCUGCACCAAUCCGCUUGUCAAUCUCCUCAUAAUAAUAACAAUAAAGAUAUUAUUUUUAGAAAAUGUAAAAGUUAAAAGCAUGAAACAUUGAUUGAGUAGUGUACAGACGAAAUUAUAUAAAAUAAAUAAAGAUUGAAAUGAAACAUUUGGCUUAAAGUACUAUUUUGUUAUAUUUAAAAAUCUAUUUAUUUUGAAGAAAUAUGAGGAGAUGCAUAUGUAACCUAAUAAAAAAGAGGCUUUUGGCAAUAUUUAAGUUUGUCCUCCCCAGGUUUUCUGUGAGCUGAUCUGAAUCCUAGCACUUUUAAACCUUUAAAAAGAGUAUUUUUCAGCCUUGUAUGUUUGUAUGUUUUUAAUUUUGUAUUUGAUUUUGUAUGUGCCAUUAGUUUGAUGUGUAGAGUUUAUUCAUCUUCGUGUAAUUGCUGUUUUCCUCCUUUUUCCAAAAGAGUAACAGUAUUUUAGAUAGACGUUCACUAAUACUCACCCUUCCCCCCCAAACUUUGUCUUGUCAUACGUUUGAGGAAGUCAUUUAAUUGUGAAAUAGAUCUUAUUAGAGUAACACCUUCUCAGUGUCUGAAACCAUCAUUGCCGCAAACAUAAGAACAUUUCCAGCUCCAUCUAUAGACUGAGGUGUUUUCAAUCGACAUAACACGCUGGCAGGUUCGACUGGUGUGAAAUUUCUCUCAGCUUUCUGCCCCUCCAAAAAAAGCACUUUUGGUUUAAAUGAAGUUUUAUGUAAUAACUGCCUGGAUAGGUGGAGCUCAGCAUCUUCAGUUUAUUAUUUCGCCGCAGAAUAAUUAACAAAGUUAAGUGGAUCCUUUCCUCGUUUGUAACAAUGCACUUGUAUUUCUCCCCCCUGAGAUACUAGUUGGUUCCUAUAACAGAACAAAAUGUUAAGGGAAAUUGUAAGGUAACCAAACUAGGGUAAAAGAAACAAUCUGACUUUUAAAAAAAGGAAAAAAAAAAAAGACGAUGCUCUUUCGGCUUCUAGUAAGAAAAUGGGUACGUCCCAUGAGGACAAAAUCCACUUGUAGUUUGAUAUAUUUUAGCUUAAUGUAAGUCUUGCAUUCCAAGCUUUUUAUGUAACUCGUUUAGCAAUAUAGUCCUUUAUUUUUAGUACUUGCUUAUUACCACAACUUCUGAAAAAAAGGUGAAAACAACAAACGGAAUACUCAUUCUUACAAUAUCUGAAACAACUCGGAGACGAUGAUUGACAGGACGAAUUGUACAAUAGACGCGUAACGGAGACAAACAGUGUGCUUUUUGUUGUUGUAGUUGCUGUUGUUACACGGCUCACCUGCGGUCAGUUGCUGCAUUGUAAAGUUGACAGAUUUGUAUAUUGGUUGAUCCAAAGAGAUGACAUUACAACAAACCUAUUUACUUAUUGUACAGUACAUUGUACCAUUUGACUUGUAAUGUGUUAUGUUAAAAUGAUUAAAAGACAAACCCACGGUUUCAU